AGCUGUGUGUGGACCAAGCCGGGCUGUUCAUGACUGAUGUCCCAGAUCCAAGUGGGCCAGGAGAAGCAAGCUGCGUGAGCCAGGAAGUGUUUAGACUGGCAGCCGGGGCCAAAGCGCCCGUGCGGGCCAUCUCCUACGAGGCUGAGGAUGCGCAGGUGCUGGAUGUGUACAGCUUGUUGGGGGGCAGAAGCAGGCUGGUGGAUCCCGUCUUACAAGGCCAUAGCCGUUUGGUGUGCUGUUAUGGCCGUUCGGAGAUGGGGUUGCAACUCCUUGGCGAUUUGUUCCGCGCAGCAGCCUCUGACAUGAUGUCAGGGGCAGCUCGACAAACAUCAGAGCGGCUUGUCCGGCUCGGAGUGUCGCUGCUUGAGUGCCGACAGCAGGAGGACUCGGCAACACCAUCGUGGACAGAUGAAGUUGCUGGAAGGCCUAUUGAUCCGUCCACCCUUGAUGACAAUGCGCUUGUAUGCACAAGCCAGCCCCUACUGCAGUGCUUCGAGAGCGUGGAGGAGUGCAUUCGCGGCAAGACGGGUGACGCAGGCGAGUCUCGGCAUUUCGCUAUAGAACUCUCAGCUGCCCAUGCGAAUGAGAUGGGCGCGCUGGCCAUCGUGUUUCUGGCGUCACCUGCCAAUGUGGAAGCUGAAGCGACGGAACUGCUAGUGCAGCAUGCAAAAAGCCUGCGUCACAUUGCUGGUGUUGUGCACAGGCCCCGUACAGGAUUUGGCGUGAAACCAGCGAGUGUGGCCAGCUGCAGCCAGGACGAAACUAUGCUGCUGUUACUAUCUCCUAAGGCGAAUCAGUCUCUUGCCUCACAUGUUGCGGCAGAAUGUUUGAAGAUGAAAGACGGCGCUGCAAGUCCGGUAUCUGAAAUGAACCAGCCCAAGCUCAGCAAUUUGCCCCUAACCGUCCACAAGCUGUACCAACCCAGCGGCGUGAUUGCGUGGGGAUGUCCAGAUGCUCAAUCACCAAGCCCCACAUGUCGCAACUUCUGCAAAGCGUCAAUCCCAUCGCCUUCACCUGUUGCACCAGCCACUCCUCGAACAACGGAGGGUACUAUCUUGCAGCGUAUUGCAGAGGCAGAAGGCUUUGAUGUCGAUGCAUGGCGCAGGGAGGCUCAGCAGAAUGGUCGCCCGUUUGCAGACCAAGUGUCGGACUUGGCACAAGUGGUGAUUCAGUUGCAGGAUCUUCUUCGCGUUGUGGUCGGCCAAGUCAAGCUCCCAUCUCCUGCAGUCGCUAGCUGGACUCAGUCGCGCCGCUCAGCAGACGCAACUAUAAACGAGGCAAUAUCUCCGAGAGUGGCUGUGAGCAGCCCUUUUGCAACUCCAUGCCAUGUUCAUUCGAUGGCAUCAACGGGAAACUUGGUGGCCUGUUCGCCCCGCAACCCUGUGGCCUCCGACUUGAAGCAGCGUGCGGAAGCCAGCGGCUCGCCUUUGACUCGCAGUUGCUCUGCAAACUAUCCAGUAGGGUCACUACUUUCCAAGGGCAGCAUUAUGAGUGUGCUUGGCGAGGUCCAGUCACCAAAGGCUGUGAUGAGAGACCUCUCGCCCUCAGAGCUUAGGUUCCUGCAUGGGUCCCCGCAGCCACCACCUCCGCCUCCGGGAGUUCAGCAACACAGGAGCCUCGUGCCGCGCAGAACGAGCCCGUUGCAGCCAGCCAUGAUGUCAGUCCCGUCUCCAGGGCCUGCGGCUUCUCCAGCUCAAUCGCACGGAAUCUCGGUUUCUCAAGAUGGCCACGUGCUACAAUCUCCAAGGACCGCUCAAUGCAGGGAGCGCGGUGCAGAGGGGCAGCGGUCACCAAUGCCAUUCCCACCACAGCACAAGGCGGUUCCCCACUCCGCCCGGGCUGCUGGUGGCAUGGGCCAAGGUGGGCCAGGCAUCGUUAUUGUGCCCGGUCAGACGUUGAGAGCAACGACCAGGGGCACCGAGAGCGUCAGCAAUCUGCGCUGGGAGCCUUCUCCCGUUAGAGUCAGAUUUGUGGCUGGCGCUGCCCAACAGGUUCAACUCCCUGCCACGUUCGCUCCACAUGGCGGUGGACAGGCAUUGCCUCAACAGGUGGCCUUCCGCGUCGGAGAGCUCCGUGCAUGUCCUAGCAUGUCUCCUCCGAAGAUUGCUUGAAGCCACAAGAUGCUUCGGUCACAGGGGACGGAAAAUUGGAUACC